UAAUGUGACCUCAUUAUACUUCCUUGUUUCACAAUUUCAGAAAAAAAAAAACAUUUUCGCUCUUACAAGGAAGGUAUUUGGAUUAAUUAGACUGUUGUUUUUUGAAAAUUAUAUAAACACGUUAAUGCCCGUGUCGAAUAAUUGUAGGUAUAGAAGGUUAUUUACUGGAAUAUAAAUUUACUUAAAAGCAGCAGGUGAAAAUGUCAACACAAUAUGGACAAGGUCAAGUUCAAAAUGAAGGGCAGAUGCCACCGCCUCCAGCCUAUAGUGGGUAUGACCAGUAUCCUCAAGGACAAGGGUAUGUUCCUCCGCCACAACCUGCGCAAACCAACUAUGGUGGAUUCAGUAACCAACCUACAGUUGGGUAUGCAUAUGGACAACCCAACAGCCAGCCUAAAGAAAACAGGAUUACACCGUCACCAGACAUUUUUGAUGAUCAGUCAUUUUCAAAUAAAGCUAUAAGGAGAGGUUUUAUCAGAAAGGUUUAUUUGAUCUUAUUCACCCAGCUGUUUGUUACAUUUGGAUUCACGAUGCUUUUCUCUCUUGUCAAACCGAUCAAGGAGUUUUGUCAGUCACACCCUGGUGGAACAACAUUCUACUAUGUGUCAUAUGGUACAUUCUUUGUGACAUACUUUGUCCUCAUCUGCAUUCCUUCUGUCAGGAGGAAGCACCCGGGAAAUUUGAUAUGCCUUGGUGUUUUUACCUUGGCAUUUACGUACAUGGUGGCUACCAUCAGCAGUUUCUACACAACCAACAGUGUAAUGGUAGCAGCAGGUAUCACAUGCGCUGUAUGCCUGGCCAUCUCCCUGUUUGCGAUUCAGACAAAGAUUGACUUCACUAUGUGCUCUGGCCUCCUGUUUGCUCUGGUGAUUGUACUCAUCUUGUUUGGAUUCUCCUGUAUCAUAGUGUAUGCCACAGUCGGAUACAAUUAUAUACUGGACUGUGUAUGGGGAGGUCUGGCUGCCCUUGUAUUCUCGCUGUUCCUGGUCUAUGACACCCAGAUGAUUGUUGGUGGGAGGAAGCACGAGCUGAGCCCUGAGGAGUACGUUUACGGAGCUCUACAACUGUACAUUGAUGUUGUAUACCUCUUCUUGAUCAUCCUGUCCUUGUUUGGAAAGUCUAACUAAUGCUCAUGACAAGCGUGAAACUCAUAGAUGGAUUAUCAUGGAUACAAAACAAACUGUCAGAAUUAAAAGAAUUUAGUAAGUAUUUGUACGUAUUUUAGAAAAUGCCUGACAGUGUAUCUCUGUAGAAAACAUUAUUUUAAUUUACUGUCUCCUGUUUAGUGUAUGACAUGCUUUAAAGACAAAAGAUGUUUUAUCUGAUUUUUAAAGCAAAUACUCUGUUUUGGAGUUAUAAUCAUUAAAGCUAUUAAUUUUCCACUAAUUUGUGUAUUUAUUACGAUGACAUUUUGUUUUGAGAAUAUACAUGGAAUUACAAAAAAGGAAAUACACUGUGGUUUUGUUUUCACUAAUAUUAGUGACUGAAGCAACAGGCAGCUUCAAAACACAUACAUAAUAUAUGGUGUAACUUAUUAUAAUGUCUACAGAUUCUUAUUAGUCCCCUACUGGUUGAAAACCAGUUUCGGGGACUAUAGGAAUGCGCUUUUCCGUCCGUCCGUCCGCAAUUUCGUGUCCGGUCCAUAACUCUGUCAUCCAUGAAGGGAUUUUAAUAUUACUUGGCACAAAUGUUCCCCAUGAUGAGACGACGUGUCAUGCGCAAAACCCGGACCCCUAGCUCAAAGGUCAAGGUCACAAUUGGAGGUCAAAGGUCAACAGGGCUUUUUUCCUGUCCGGUCCAUAACUCUCCCAUCCAUGAAGGGAUUUUAAUAUUACUUGGCACAAAUGUUCCCCAUGAUGAGACGACGUGUCAUGCGCAAAACCCGGACCCCUAGCUCAAAGGUCAAGGUCACAGUUUGAGGUCAAAGGUCAACAGGGCUUUUUUCCUGUCCGGUCCAUAACUCUCCCAUCCAUGAAGGGAUUUUAAUAUUACUUGGCAUCAAUGUUCCCUAUGAUGAGACGACGUGUCAUGCGCAAAACCCGGACCCCUAGCUCAAAGGUCAAGGUCACAAUUUGAGGUCAAAGGUCAACAGGGCUUUUUUCCUGUCCGGUCCAUAACUCUGCCGUCCAUGAAGGGAUUUUAAUAUUACUUGGCACAAAUGUACCUCAUAAUAAGACGAUGUGUCAUGCACAACUUUCAGACCCCUGGCUCAAAGGUCAAGGUCACACUUAGCAGUCAAAUGUUAACAUAGCAUGAACAGGGUCUGUUUCAUGUCCGGUCCAUAACUCUGACAUUCAUUAAGGGAUUUUAAUAUUACCUGGCACAAAUGUUCCCCAUGAUGAGACGACGUGUCGUGCGCAAAUCCCAGACCCUUAGCUCAAAGGUCAAGGUCACAAUUGGAGGUCAAAGGUCAAUAAUUUUUUUUUCCUGUCUGAUCCAGAACUCUGUCAUCCAUCAAGGGAUUACAAUAUCACUUGGCAUAAUUGUUCCCCAUGAUGAGAUGACAUGUCAUGCGCAACACCCAGUACCCUAGCUUAAAGGUCAAGGUCACACUUUGAGAUCAAAGGUCAGUAGGAUUUUUUUCCUGUCCAGUCUAAAACUUUGUCAUGCAAAACAGGAUUUAGAUAUCAGUUGGCACAAAUAUUCCCCUGGAUGAGACAACAUGUUAUGCGCAAAACCCAAGCCCAGGGUCUAAUGUCAAGGUCACACUUAGAGACCAAAGGUCAGACACAAGAAUGACUUUGUGUGGAGCAUUUCUUCUUCAUGCAUGUAGGGAUUUUGAUGGAACUUGGCACAAAUGUUCACCAACAUAAGACGGAUUGUCAUGCGCAAAAACCAGGUCCCUAGGUCUAAGGUCAAGGUCAUAUUUAGAGGUCAAAGGUCAAAUUCAAAAAUGACUUUGUCCGGAGCAUUUCUUCUUCAUGCAUUGAGGGAUUUUGAUGUAACUUGGACCAAAUGUUCACCACCAUGAGGCACCCUUGUUUUUACAAUUACGUCCCUUUGUUUUACUAUAAAUAGAUUUUAUUGUAACUUUUUUAUUAUUGGCCGUAGAGAAAAAUCAAGAUCACUUUUCUGUGGUACAACAUGCAUGUUACAUCCAUCUAUAAAUAACUUAUAUGAUUACUUUUUUAUAAUCGGCAAAAACAUUUCAAUAUGAAAACAACUGUGGGUUUUUAUAUAUGCACAUUUUAAUCCAGGUGUUUUGUUAUAACAUAUUAUAUAUAAUAGUACAAUAUUGUUUAUACAUCAUUGACAGAUAUCAGUUCAUGAUGUUAUACUGCAGUAGAGAAAGUUAGGUGCCUUCCAGUAGGGGACUUUGUAUUGCAUGGCAAUACUUCAUUCAUUUGUUUCUGCUGUGAGGUGUUUAGAAUAGUUUUCUUGCUUUGUUCUGAGGCCAUGUUCUUUGCCAUUACUAUUUCUUACAUUUCAUCAACUUGGCACAAAACGAGGUGAACUGAAUUGAUGUGAAGAAACUGUUAACCACUUCUUGCCCUGAGGUGAGAAAGUUUUUGCCAUCAUGAUAUUACAUUUCUACCAUUUCUUGUUUAAUCUUUCAAGCUGUUGGACCAUAUUGUUAUACCAUUUUGGUACCAUUUACAUAUUUAUAGCAUGUUUGUAUUUGAUAUAUGUUGGUAGGAUGAUAGGAAUAAGACUAGAUAAAAUCAGAUGUUGAUUCUUUUUUAAGGUGCCUUUUAUCUAUAUAGCAGGGUUGUGCACAUUCUCAUUUUGACUUCAGGCACCUGUAUAAUAAAUGCACCGUCUUCUGUCAGUUAUUGUCAAAUUAUGUAAGUUCUGUUCUUGACUCUUUGAAAAAUAGUGAGAGCCGUUCUACUUAACCAUACAUCUGUGUCAUUGUCACACCUUGGUUAACGUCUUGUAUGCAAGAUCAUAGCUCAAUUUUCCUAGUAUAUAUCACAUUGAAACUUCACAUAAAGGCUUCCUUGUCAUCAAACCUACUGAAAUAUCUAAGUUAGAUUAUUUUUGGUUGAAAUGAAUUCAUAUUACGGCCCCUCUUUGACUUAGAGAAUUUGGUUAAAGUUUUGUGUGCAACAAACUGUCAAACUGCAUCUCAGUUACAUCUAUAUGUAUUAAUUCCAUGCCAUCAUAGCGCUCUUGUGUUUUAUCAAAAAAUAACUUUCAUUAAUUAGUACACUGGGUAUCUUUGUAUUUGAAAUCAAGUGACAGUAAUUUCAAAACAAGAAUCAAAUGUUGAUUGGUUCAUUAUGAGCAAUGAUAUAAUUAAGAGUGCCAAUAAUAUACCUACUUUUACUGAGACUUACUAUAGUAUUACAAUAAACAUGUGCUAGUGGUUAAGGCAUCCAUCUAAUUGAGCAGGAGAUUGAAGGUUCAAAUUCCACUGUGAGCUUUCUGCUGGUGAGCCCUUAGCUAAUUACAGAAUGGUUACUGAUUGUGGAAGUAUAUAAAAGUAUACAAGUCAGUGGUAUCUCACAAGUCAAAACGGCUUGUCCUUACAAUUAUAAACAAACAAUUAACCUUUUUAUGCUAUGCUAUUCAGUGAAGAACAGAAAUAAAUUCUUUAACGGUGAAAUAAAAUUGAUAUUUUCACAGUUUCAAAGCAGUGAAAAUAUUUUUCACUUGUACAGAAAUGCACUUUAUUGUGAAAGAAUAUGAAUGAUAAAUAUGAGAAAUUCUUUGCAUAAUAUACUUCACCAAGAAGAUGUAUAUAAAUACCUUCAUGAACAUAGUGAUAUACAUAUAUGCUCCUGCAUAAUAGAAUAUAAAAGAAAACAGGAAACUUCAAAUUUUUCAACAUACUUUGACAUCAUGACAUUGUGACGUGAUGAUUCAAUGCACAUGACAUUGAGCAGCUAAAAUGGUUUAUUUUGGUUAAUUCAUUGAAAGUCAUAAAAUAAAAAGAAUAUUUGUUUGUUUUUCAUGUAAGAUUAAAAUAUAUUUUACUCAUGAACACCAUAAUUUACAUUUUAAGUUGUAGCUGUGCCACUCCUGAAAUUGAAAUAUAUUACGGUCUUACACUGAAGCAAAUAAAUAUCUUGUAUAAAGAUGUAAUUAUGCAAGUGAACCCUGACACAAAUGAAGCACAUUUUGAAAUUGUUUGUGCCCUAUCUGCCUGUUGCAAGACUGUUUAGCCACCGCUGAAGAUGGUUUAGCAGCAUGUUGAAACUCUUGUACUCUUAACUUAUUCUAUAUUUUGAAUAAAGUACAUAUGAAUAUGUUUUCUGUUAAAUUAUCAUACUUUAGUCCUGAAUUUAUCUCGUUUA